GAGAGCGCAGGAAAGGCGCGAGGAGCUGUCUCCGUUACGCGUGGUGCUGAAAGUGCCACUCGCCCCAUCAUGUGGUCUGUCUUCUUCGUCUUUCUGUCUUAUCUAGACAGAAACUUUGUCAAGGGUGACUUCCUAAGCUUCACCUUAGACGCAGAGAAGGAGAGCAAAGAAAUGUUCUCCAUGCUCAACGGCACCUUUUGCGCAAAAAUGUCAGCCGUGAGGGAGAACUUCCUCUACCAGGUAUCAGAUGGAGCUGAGGCGGUGCGCUCGGUUGUGAGCCCAGCAGGGAAACUUGUGAACUGCUCCUUCAUAGUAAGCCAAGUGCAGGUGAAGUCGUUCCUGCAGGAGUGCAGAUUGGGACUAAAGGACCAGAGAGCCGAGCGCGACAUGGACGCGCGUUUUACGCGCAUGGAUGAAGCCAAAAUGAUGUGCAAGGAGUUCAAAGAGAGGUCGGAGCAAGGCAGCAGGAAAGAAAAGAAGGAAAGAGGUGACUCUGUUCUGCAGGACAAGGUGUUAAAAAGAUCCAAGAGAGGCUUUACUUAUCCCGGGACUCUGUGGUGUGGAGCUGGAAACAUGGCUGACCAUUAUGACCAGUUGGGAGAGUUUGUAGAGACAGACAGCUGCUGCCGUGUCCACGACCACUGCCCACAUAUCAUCCACGCCUUCUCCUCCAAGUAUGGCUACACUAACUUCAAAUGGCACUCCAUCUGUCAUUGUGACUGUGAUAAUGCGUUGAAAGCUUGUCUGAGGAAAGUCAACGAUACGUCCUCCAGGGUAGUUGGUCAAGCUUUCUUUAAUGUCAUCGGUGUGCCUUGCUUUGAGUUUGCCUUUGAAGAGCAGUGUGCUGAGCGGCACUGGUAUGGCAUGUGUAAACGCUACGAGAGGUUCCCCAUUGCUGUGGUGAAAGAGGCAGUGCCGUAUGACUUUGGUGGCAUUGAUGUCAUUGAUGCGCUGACGCUGCCUCCACUCAAGAGGAAAGAGUCUGAGAAAAACCCAGAAGAAGAGAAAUCUGAGAGUAUGACACAGUCUACAAUGUCAGGUCCUGAGGAGCCUUCACUAGGAAAUGUAGUCACUGCCGCCGAGGACUUCAUCAAGGUCCUGGCGACUGUCUCCACCUCUCAAAGCUCCACCGCAGAGUCUGAUAAAGCAGAGAUGCAAAGCUCAGAGAAAAAGAAGAAGAAGACCGUGAAGAAGAAGAAAACAAAGAAGCAUAAAGGGAAAGGAAAGGGGAGGAAGAGGAAGCAGAAAGCAGAGGCAGGUGUUAAAGUUGAGGAUGGUGCUGCAGUCUCCACGUCCAGUAACAAAGCAGAGGACGCCAACGCAUUGAGUAACUUCAUCAGUGAGGCGCACAAACAUGAGCAGCCAAGCAGCAACACUAACAGAGUUGGUGACGGGGAAUAUGAGCCGGGGGAAAGAGAGGAGCCCUCCAAUGAAGUCAUGAAAGAUGAACCAGCAAUGGAUAAAGAGCCAGUCUCCAAUUCAACACCCUCAACAGACCUGAGGAAACCAGCUGAGUCAGACACCAAAGCACCGACCAAAUCACCAGAACAAAUCACCUUUUCUACAAGAACAACACUUAUUCCUCAGAUGGUAAAAACCAGAAGGCUGAGGAAAGGGAGGCGAAAAAAGGGCAAGAAAAUUCCCUCUCCUGAGAAGCUUGUCGCUUACACAACCGACAACUUAAGAACCACUCCUGUCCUCUCCACUGUCACCACAGUCCCAAUGGUGCUUGAGCAACAAAGCACUGGGAGUGACACUGAGAAGCGGCCUGUCUUCAGCACUGCCAGGACGCCCAUUGUAAUCCCUAAAGUCAAAAGAAACAGGUCAAAGGAGAGAGAAGGCAGGAAAAAAAGGAAGAAAGUCAGCCCAGCAUCUCCCAUUGUGGCCACAGCCAAUGAAAAUCCCUCUCUGGACAAUCUGAAAGUGAUCCCUCUGACCGGGGCUCCCACAGUGCCAUCGCUGCCCGUUACAGAGCAGCCAGUUUCACACAGCUCCAGGGACUAG